GCCGCUGGUCCCUAGUCACUACCCCCCGUCCACAUCGCAGGCAGGCCACCACCUCCGUCCUCCUUCCUGCUUGUCUGCCGAUCGCUUGCGGACGCGCCGGUCUUGGGAACAGCGUUCGCGGCGUGGCCUCCUCCAUGCAUGUGAGCAUCCCCUGUCUACGUUUAGACACUCUCGACAGGCAGAUGCAGCGCAUGUUUAGCUUAACCCCUGAUAUCGUCCCGGUGCAAUGCCUGAAGCUCUGCUCUAAACAAAACAGCAGCAGCGGUCCCGGGAGCCAAAAGCUCGGGCCCGGUGCGACUAGCGAGAAUGUGCAGGCACAUGGGGCGCUUCUCGGAAAGCGGCAGGCGCGGCGCGGGCGCCGGAUCCCAUAGAGAAUUCCAGAAUCAUUUGCACCUGGCCAUGGCCUCCACAUGGACAGGACGCACAAGAAUCGGGCGAGCAGUUUUCUGGUAGCUGCGAUGCGACCAACCAGUUGGCCACGGGACCGGGUGUCUACGCUACGCCUGCUUUAAGCCGAACAUGGACUGCGCCUUGCCUUUCUGAGCCGCUGGUGACUCGGCCGGCCCCGCCUGCUGACUCCGCAAAUCCACUGCCUUUGCCAAAGCCGCUCCGCCCCAAAGGGUGUUCCAGUUCCACUUCCACCACCGCGGCCGCCGCGCCCUAUAAAUGGCCGCCAUCGGCAGCUGCACUCCGGUACCAAUCCCCGAUUCCUUACACGCUAAGCCACGCAACGCAACGCAACUAGCCAUGACGAUGAAGUCCAGCAGCGGCGGCGGCCAUGUCAUCGGGGUCCCGGUCACCUCCAAGGCGCACGGGAUAGAGGAGGUGUCCAGGGAUCCGUCCUUCGGCAAGGGCGCCGGCGAUCACCUCGCCGUCUCGUUGACGCACCCCAGCCCUUACGCGUCUUUCGGCUACAAGCACAGCAGCAAAGGCCAGGUGACCCACUGGGUGAGCAAGCUGAGCAGAAGGGCGCAGGGCUUCAGAGAGCAUGUGACCUUGGGGCCGAAGCUGUCGGAGACGGUGAAGGGGAAGCUGAGCCUGGGCGCGCGGAUCCUGCAGGCCGGCGGGGUGGAGCGCGUGUUCCGCCAGGCCUUCUCCGCCGCCGACAAGGGCGAGCGGCUGCUCAAGGCGCUGCAGUGCUACAUCUACACCACGGGCGGGCCCAUCGCCGGCAUGCUCUUCGUCUCCACCAGGAAGGUCGCCUUCCGCAGCGACCGCCCCAUCACCGUCACCUCCCCCGGCGGCGGCGGCGACACGGCGCGGGUCACCUACAAGGUGGCCAUCCCGCUGCGGAGGAUCCGCAGGGUGCGGCCCAGCGAGAACGUCCACAGGCCCGAGGAGAAGUACAUCCACGUCUCCACCGUCGACGGCUUCGAGUUCUGGUUCAUGGGCUUCGUCAGCUACCAGAGGUCGUGCAAGUACAUGCAGCAGGCCGUCUCGGAGAUGCGAUGACCGGUGUCUGUAUCGCUGCCCCCUGUCGGAACGAUGUGAAGUGACUAGGAUGUUAUGGGUCUCGCUUCGCCAUCUUUUGUCGCCAAGCAGCCGUAGCUAAAAAGAUUGCCCUGUCUUUAAUUUUGGAUCGGUGCAAUUGUGUUCCUUCCGCGUACGAAUUUGGACCAGCAUCUCUGUUGUUCCCAAAGUGGUUGCUCUCGAUCUACUAGUACACAUGGACCGAAAAAAUUAACCAUUUGUGCAUCUUUGUUGAAUGCAACAGUUCUAUGUGUUUCUGAUUA